AUGCCAUUCCCAAAGUCCCAGAAGCUGACUGGCACUGAUCUUAUCCAUGGGGAUGCUGAACUGACAGGCCCAGAGGUUGCUCCAUCUAUCUCGGUAUCAACUACAUUUAGAGCCUUGGACCCCUUCAGAGAAAAUGGCAGCCUCAACAACCUUGAUAUGCGCAACCCCCCUCGGCAUGUUUAUUCCAGAUACACUCAGGGAGUGAGCACUCGUGCUGAGCGAAUUUUGAGCCGAAUUAACAAUGGCUUUGCGAUCACCUAUGCCUCUGGUCUCGCAGCCUCGUAUGCGGCACUCGUCUUCUUCCAACCUAAACGAAUUGCCAUCAGAGGCGGAUAUCAUGGCUGUCAUGCAACCAUCGCAGUUUAUAAGAAGAACCAAGGAAUCGACAUCGAAUUGAUCGACUUGGAUGCGGGGUAUCGACCUGGUGAUCUUUGUUGGCUGGAAACACCCGUAAAUCCUACAGGAGAAUCCAGGGAUAUUCAGCACUACGCGGAUAAGGUACAUAAAGUAGGAGGAAAGAUUGUAGUGGACUCCACAUUUGGGCCCCCGCCUCUCCAAUACCCCUUCGAAUUUGGAGCUGAUUGCGUUCUCCAUUCAGGAACGAAAUACUUUGGCGGACACUCCGACUUGCUGGCCGGCGUGUUGGUUGUUAAGACCUUGAACGAGUGGAAUCAGCUGCAGUCUGAUAGGACGUUCCUGGGCAGUAUGAUGGGCUCACUCGAAUCGUGGCUUCUCCUCCGGUCCUUGAGAACCCUUCAUUUGAGAGUACCCCGCCAAUCCGCCUCUGCCACUGUUCUUGCGCAGUGGCUAGACUCCGUCGCUAAAACGCCUGUCGGACAAAGCUUUGACGGCGUCCCUGGUGGCGUCGUGGCUCAAGUCUGGCAUUCUGCCUUGCAAGGAGUAGACGAGCGAGGGUUUGACCCCAGUAAGCAAAUGCAGGGAGGCUGGAACGCCACUUUUGCCAUACAUCUCUCAAAACCGGAGCAAGCCCGUCAAUUUCCUCACCUCUUGAAGUAUUUUGUACCGGCUACUAGCUUGGGCGGUGUCGAAUCACUUGUCGAGCAUCGUAUCCAGAGCGAUCCGGGUGCCGAUUCUCGUUUGAUCAGGUUGAGUAUUGGGGUCGAAGACGUCGAGGAUUUGAAAGAAGACUUGAAACAAGCUUUACAGAACUUGGUCCUCAUCACGGCAAAACUGUGA